ACGCAAACAUGUACGCGCGUGCGCGCAGUGUCAUCUGUAUUCCCUACGCAUGCCUCCCCCCUCAUGUACCCACACAGUAGUACACAAGAGCAACUGCUCUCUCUCUCUCUCUCUCUCUCUCUCUGCAGAACAAUCAUCCUGCCUCUCCUCUCGUCAGCUCUCUCUGAUCACUGGGACCCUCACACCGUGAUCUGUCAUCUCUGAAGGCGGCUCAGAACGCACGGAGGGAAACUGGCGCACAGGGGAGGGGUCGACGUGAAGCCUGGAUUUAUUGACUGAUUGAUGGGUGGAAGAAGGAUGCAGGGUCUCGUGUCUCACCUUGGGAGGCGAGUAUUGUAUACGCCCGUGUGUGUGUGUGUAUGUGUGUGUGUGUGUGUGUAUUCGGACUCCCGUGAUGACACGACAUGUUUAGCAUCAUCCGGAUGACGUCAGAGCCCGUGGCUUUGUCGGUAUUCAGGUUUACAGCGUGGUGAGAUUUGACCACAUAUUUGUGCACCGUGUAUGUGCAGAUCAUGUGCGCAUGCUCUUUGCGCGUACGAUAGUGUGUGUGUGUGUGUGUGUGUGUGUGUGUGUGUGUGUGUGUGUGUGUGUGUGUGUGUGUGUGUGUGUGUGUGUGUGUGUGUGGAUUGUUCCUAGGAGCUUUGAAGCUCGGCUGUGAGGCUCUGAUGUUUAUGGAUUAUUCUAACUGAAGUAAGGGUCGAUCCAGACCAUAAACACAAAAACAGAGCAUUAUUAUUAAAUUAUUAUCAAAACUGUAUUUAUUUGAUUCAGCCAUUAAAAAAAUCCCGGUAAACUACCACAGCAUUUUAACUAAUUAUCAUCAUAAUGCAGUGUAACUCAGGUGUAGACUUGUGAAUAUCUUAUUAACAGGGUAAGGUUUGGAGGUUGUCAUAGUAACACAGUGACACCCUUAAAUAGUGCUACAGAUUGCACAGGCACAUGAAGCCACAGCAGCAAAGGUACUGAGACAAUUUUUACUCAGUAAAAACACAGCACACAGUAAAAAUACUACAGCACAUGCUACAAUUUGUUUCCUGACUCAUGAUGUCCUCUGUGCAGAUUUGAAAAAUAUUUAUCUGGAAACACAUAAUCCAUGAUGUGUCCGCUGACUGGUCAGAGGUUGCUUCUGAUGUCACACAGGAGUACUUUGUUGCAUGAAGAGGUGAAGUCCAGAGGGCUCUGAUCAACAGACAGAAAAUUGAGGUUGCUUUUUACUGUGAUUCAGUUAGCUUAAUGACAUUUGUUAGUGUCAGGGAUGGUCUGAAGAGACGCACAGAGGAAAGAUGAUCUGCAGCAGGGUGAUCUGAUUGUUGGUGCACAUCUGUUGUUUUCUCUGGGGAUGAUGGACAUGAUAGACCAUACCAGCUAUAAACAGACUAACAACUGAAGACACCCACACAGGAAUUUGCACACACUCAUGGAAACAGGGGCAGAAGAAUAAAAGGAUACCUCUUGUUUGUCAUGAGGCACCAGAGCACAGAAAGUUCUAGUUCAUGAAGACCUAUUUCAACAGCGUUUUGAAAACGUUUUGUAGCUCCUCUCUUUUCUGAUGCUUCCAGUCUGUCUGUGAUCAUGCAGUCAUCAUUACACAUUAGACCUGCUGCCAACCUGAUGGUGGGCCAGUGCACAGCUGAAGAUAAACUGAAGAAUGUGGAGCCCACAUUUUUCAGUAUAUCUUCUGAGCAUCUAGAGUCUAGCAUUGUUUCUCACUCUUUUUUCACUUUCAGCCCUUUUUUAUAUUUUAUUUAGCUGGCGGGACUCCAGUGUUUCAUAAUGUCAUAUUUGAUACAGGAGCAUCCAUUUGACAUGGAUGGACACCAGACAUGAGGGCGCCCCCCCCCCCCCCCAUCUCAGAGGCUGCUUGGUCUGAAUCUGUUUCAUGCACACUGUUCAGUAGACAUCAUUUGCCAAACAGAGUUGCUAAAUAGAACACAUCUCCUGUCUCUGCUUUGGUCCAACAUUCAUGGUGCCCUCAGGAUGAACCCUGCAUACAGCUGACCCCUGAGUCUCUCUGUGUUGUUUGUCUACUAAUGGAUCCUGUCUGUAGCUCUCAGCCCCCCAAACACAAAGUUUUAAGUUUUUAUGACCUGACUCACAGGAGGUGUCUUGUUAGGUUUAAAACCUGCUUGCAUUUACCUGAAAUAAAAAGGAGAAAGACAAUGGAUAUGUUUGAGAAAUGGACAGAGAUCUGUUUUAGCUAUCUCAGUACCACUCUAAGGAUACUUUCUCUGUCCGCCCCUUUUAUUCACAGUUGUCCCUGGUUACACAAUGUUUCUAAAAAGGUGGGAGUAAAUGUGCUGCAAAGUAAGCAUUUAAUAAUGAACAAUUUAUGAAUAGCUGAAGGUCAAGGCGGCAUCUAACGAGCUCCUUCUGAUAAGGAUGGAUCCUUCUCAGGAGCUUCCCACGAUUCAGCGGAGAAUACGUCACCCCCACACCCACACCUGCUGAUAAGAGAAACAUGGUCAAAGCAAACAGAAAAAAACAUUGUGCACUGUGUAGUAAAGCUAUUGAAAAGAGAGAAGUUAGGAAAACUCUUAUAUGAUAAAAAUACUCUAAUAUAAUGUAUAAAAAGAUGUCAAAGAGUUUAUAUUUGUAGUAUAAACUCUUACAUAAGAAUAUGAGGAAUAAUGAUAACUUCUAUAUACAUUUAUGCACAUUAUUCUAACAUGUCUGCCUCAGGUGCACAGAGCAGAGAGGAGAUCCCACAAACAGGCCCCUCCUCCCCCUCCUCUCUGGCACAUCUUUGAGGGCUGUUACUCCUUCUCUCACUUUUCUGCUCCUUUCUUUGUUUCUGUUUUCAGGAGAGUUCAGCCUGCCAUGCUUGACCUCUGACCUCUGACCCCUCUGAGAGACCCUCUUAGGAGGUGGAUCGAUCAGUGGAUCUCCAAGGAGGGAUGGAGGGAGAAGAGGAGGCUGAAAACUCCUCCAAACUGGGGAGGGCCUCACCAAGAGGGGGGGGUGGAGAUCCCUGUACACAAAACGGCCUAAUAAAUACCCACAGACUGGGGGUGGAGCCUCGGGAGUUAAUGUUGGUGUACUCAGCUCCUAAGUAUCAGGGCCAUGUGGUGAACACUCCUCCUCAGCAGGAGAGGAGCAGAGGAGUAGGUACUUCACAGCCCCUGGACCCCAGCGCCCUCCUCCCCCAGCAAGUGUUUACGGAGCCUCACCUGAGACCUGCCCCCAGCCUCCUCCUGUGUCCAGAGAGUGCCCUAAGGGUGUGGGGGGAGACAGGAGGAGGUGACUGCUGCGAGACAACAUUUAUUGAAGGGCUCAGCCCUGAAGCCUCCUCCUUAGCUGCUGCCUCCUCAACGAGGGAGGCGCUGCUGUUUUCUGAUGGGAAAUUUCUGGACUUUUCUGGGGAGGACUCAAAGAUCCACACACUGUCAUACGACAUGGAUGAUGAAGACGAAUUCCAGGAGCUGGAGGUGAGGAGGUUUCGUACUGUUUAACCAUGAAAACAUCUGAGGUUUACACACAGAGGGUUUAGCAUCAAACUGAUAUCAUGCUCAGCACAUAUUCCCUCCUGCUGUACUACUGCUACCCUAGUUGCUUUUGAGUUAGGAAAGUAAAGUAUUUAAAAUAUAAAGCCUGCAUUGACUUGAAAAAUAAAGAAAACAUCUGCUCAUUCAGAAUUUGAAUCAUUUGAAGCUUGUAUUUGAUUUAAAGACAGGACUUUUGAGUGGAAAUCACUGCAUUGGCUCAAAAUCACUUCUAAAAGCCAUUGUCUGUAAACACACUUCAUCACUGCAGCUUCUCUGGACCUAAGACCAUUUAAGAUGGACUGAGGGAAAAAGGAAAACAUUCCUGGGGUCUGAGGGAUCAAAAUGGGGCUUUAUUUGUGGAAAUCAUGGACUCUGUGUCCUCCUCUCUAAUGAGUAGAGGGUCCACCAGGCUUGUUCUCAGUUCCUAGUCCAAAUCCAGCAUCCCUGAUGCUAUGGGUAUCAUCAGAGUCCAUGUCCUGAUUAUCUUCGACAUCUGUGAAGGCUCCAUUAAUACUGAACAAUAUCUACAGGUUUGGGAGCAACAUCUGCUUCCAUCCAGACAAAGACUUUUUCAGGGAAGGUCUUCAUAUUUCAGCAAGACAAUGACAAAACACAUUCUGACUACAGAAUUACAACAGAUUACAGAUUACAACAGCAUGGCUCUGUUGGAAAGGAGUCCUGCUGAGAAACUGGUCUACCUGCAGUCCUGACUUGUCCCCCAUUUAAAACAUUUAGAGCAUCAUGGCACCAAAAACAGGACAAAAGAGACCCUGAACUAUUGAACAGCUCAAAUCCUCUAUCAGGCAAGAACAGGACAGGAUUUAGAAGACCACUGAGAUCACGCCCCGGUUUUCAAAGAUGUUGAGAGUACAACAGAACAAGAUGAAUCCAGAGCAAUACAAAACUCCAAAUUACAAGCCAACCAUUAUACAAUUAGAGGCAAUUAAACACAUCAACAGAGUAAUUCAGCAGAAAAACUAAAGGCAGUUUCCAAAUGAGGAGUUUUAGUGGUAUGUCAAGUCUCAAGAACACGUUGAGUGGUGAUUUUGAAAUCGAUUCAAGAGAGAUGUAAUAUAUCGGGGCAGUUUACCAAUUAUUAAGGCCUUAUAGAUAAACAAGAACCAAUGCCUGUCAUGUUGUGAUGAUAAAGGUGCCUAGCCAACCUUUUCAUAUAAAACACAAUGAUGAGUGGAGUAACUGUCUGUUGUGACGGAACUCAGGGCUUUUUGGGAGCAAGGUUGGAAGCAGAGGCAUUUCUGUGAAGAUUGUCAGCAUGAAGACAAUCAACAUGAAUGGCUGACAGAGCAGUGUCUGCAUAGCAAUAUAAGACUGCAUCGUCAGCAUACAGAUGUGCGGCACAAUUUGCAAUAGAAGGCAUUGUAUUAUCAAUAAAACAGGACCUAUUAUUGAACCCUGUGGUACACUCUUUGUGCUCCUCCCCUUUGACAAGGGGAGGAACACAGAAUGUCCAUUUCCUAAGACCACAGACAGAUGUAACUGCAUUUUCAAACUCAAGAAACUGGUCUCCUGGGUUCACUAACAUUUACACAGCGCUGGGAAAAGACAGGCUGAUGACACAUGAGAGGAAACAUGACCCUGUAACAACUUUUUUUUAAACUUGAUGCUGGUAUCAAAUUACAAUGAGCAAGGAUUUUCAUAAAACAGGAACAUUUGUCUUCAGAUGAUUGGUCAUAUUCAGUUUUCAUCCACAUUGUUCUCAGUGUCCAGUAGAAAUGGGGAAGUAUCAUUUGAAGUCAUUUGUUUCGUAUUACUGCUGCAUUUUUGUGUAUAGCAUAACUGUAAAGAGUGGGUGGUUUAGGAUGUGUGGGAUACGCGUCUUUCAGUGAAGGGAGGGACUAUAUAACAGGUGUAGAGGGUCCUUGUUUUGCUUAGCACAAAGACUGGAAGCACUGCCUGCUUAGCUCAAUAACUCAGUCCACCCUUUAUACGCACUCUUGGCUGUAAACUAUUUUCGUUACAUGUGGUUUUGUGAAGGUUUAUAGCCUGUUGUGAUCCUGGCAGUGUUUUGUCUGCUCUUGUGUUGACCCUCUGUCAGAGAAGGAGUAUCUGAUAAUCUAUCUAAUUGGGUGCUCUGACUGCCCUCCACACAUCCGGCCAUGAGUCACAGAGUUCCUAGCAGAAUGAGAUUAGCGAGCUGCAGCUCUCUGAACGACACAUUUGGCUGCGUAACAGCCAAUCACUUUGGAGACAAUUAGCUAGAAAUGCUGUGAUUCUGUCUCUGUAAAGUUCAGCUUUAAUCUACUAUGUCCUCUAACACUGGAGAGAGGGAGGAAUACUGCAGGAGGGUGAAAACCUGCUCACACUUCCUCACUGGUAAGGGUUUAUGACAGCACAGGUGAUUUUACUGUGAUCAGGUCUGUGUUAAACCUGUUCCAAUGGAGAAACAUUUGUCUGCUUAUAAUAUUAGUAUUUAUUUGUCUGAGCAGUUACUCAUGUGUGAGUAAUUUAAAGGCUCAGACAGACUGUCAUAAUAACAAGUUCAAUUAAUGGUACUCUGCAGAAGUCAGCCUGAUAUAGCUUUUUUCUGUCUGUGCCACUUUAGAUCCAUCUUUCAAUCAAUUCUAAUAAUAAACAAGUUCAUACAUUAAGGUCUUGUCCAUUUUUAGCAUGACACCAACUGAAAGUUAAUCUCUCUGUGAAAACCACUGAGAGGAAUAAAAAGAGAAUAAUCUCACAGUGUAGUCUGAGAUCAAAACACAGAGGAAGUUUUUUACUACUGUUUGAAUCUGGUACCAACUUGUGAUUUCAGUCACUGGAUCAAGGGUGGACAGCUUACUACUAAGAUCUGACCUGUCAGCCCGCACUUAAUCCCUCAGCUUUGCCCCAUGAGAAUCCAGCGUGUCAGUCCAGCAUGUGGAGACCAAGUUUUAGCAUGUGAGCCAGGUGUGCACAAAAAUACAAAUCUCAGGGGUGUUUUGUUUCAGAAGGCAAAUUAUUUGAAUCAUUCACAAUGAUCCAUAAGUGACAAAGGUAUAGGAGGAGUAGGGGUGUUGCAGGUCAGAGAUAUGAUGUAGUUUAUUUGAGUUUAGGUUGUUGCACACAAUGAAGAAAAUAUAUACAGUCUAUGUUUCUUGUGUUUCGGGGGAUGAGCAGAUUCAUUGUUGAUCUGUGUGUUUGUCAUGCUCUGUCCCCCUCAGUUUUAUUGAUCAGUCAUCAUUUUUUUUAUCUGUAGAUAGAGGCGAACAUUCAUAGUGAAAACAAUUACUCAUUUCACUGAUAAACCUGAGAAAUGAAGGUGUGAGGAGACCCUCAGAAGACACAAGAUUGGGUUUGAUGAGGACAAGAUGAGAUAGGACAAAAUUUGGAUGUUUUCUAAGAUAGCCUGGAUGAUGCAGCUGGAAACAUAUCUUUGCUGUUUUCCUCUCCAGGGUCUGUAGUACAGUUACUGAUACGUCACGCUGUUUACAUGAGCUGAUUGUCGCCUGUAAGUAUGAGCUCGUACCUCAGUGUCUCUCUCCGUCUCAGUGGAUAUUUUUUAGACUGGCUGACUUUAACUCAUAGAUAUCUAUUUUUCUGCUAUACUUGUGCAAGUCAGAGCUUUAAUAACAUCAGUGUAGUCAAGACCUAAGGGUAGUAGAUAUUUAUUGAAUUCAUAUUUAAUGUAUCCUGAGUGUGCAUACGGACAUGAGGGCAGUUAUGAAAAGAUAAGGGGACAUUUGAUCAUGGUGUGUGGCAUUGUUCUGUCUAACUAUGAGGUCGAUCAGUGUGUGAGAUAAACUGCUGUCUGGAGUUUCAGAUAACAGAGACAAACAGCUGCUCCCAUCCCUCUGCUGGUUGAAUGUGCAUCUAGAUAUUAGUGUAUUAUUUCAGACACAGCAGUUACGACAGAAGUCAUCACCCACAGCACAAAAAAACAACACGGAAAACCUACCUCUCUUCUUCUUUGGCAGAUCUGGUGGUGUCUUUUCCUGUGCACCAGCCUAAUUACGGGACAGCGCCAUCACCAUGUCAGUGUAAUACAGUUACUGCAGUUGGAAAAUAUCAAAUUCACCAAGUGCUGUCCUUGGAGACAGGCUCAUUGAUCUCACUACAAAGCUGAUCACCUUGAUCACAUUUUAGCCUUGAGAGAUUUUGUGGUACAAGAUCUGGUCAGACCCCCACUUAUAACUAAAGCAGGACAGUCUCAGGCCCGUGAACAAACUCAUUUGGGCAGUAUGGUCCAGCAUAUACAGUAAAACGAGAAAAGAAGAUCUUAAACUAAGUGGUGACCUGAGAAGUAUUGGAGAGGCAUAACCAGAGCAGGUGUGAACAGCUGUACAUGGGGCUGUUCACCAGUGAUCAGAUCAGCAGGUAAACUUCAUUCAUACGACAUAUAGAACACCUUUUUUGAGCAAAUUGAACCUGGCCAGGUUAUACGUCUUACAAAGAAAUAAAGUAAAAACAGGCUCUCCUGAAGCUGAAUAAGUCUCAUACGGUGUUGAGAGGAAGUCUCAAUUCUUCGAUUAUCUGAUAUGACCAGAUCUGUCCUUGUAUGUAUGUGUCUCAACAGAGUGAGUACUCCAGCGAAUCGGAGAGCGAGGAUGCCUUCCUGUUAAUGCCUCCCCGAGAUCACCUGGGUCUCAGUGUCUUCUCCAUGCUCUGCUGCUUCUGGCCACUCGGCAUUGCUGCCUUCUACCUGUCACAUGAGGUAAGGACACACUUCCACCUGAGCUGGUCUGGCAAGGCUGUUUAAGUCAAGAUUGAGUGACUCCUUUUGAGUUAUGUUCUGGCUCCUUAUUUUCCUGUAAGACCUACAGUUGUGUAGACAGCUGUAAUACCCGGACAAAGCCGUGGUUUGGAUGGUGAGUUCAGGAACACAAUAAAAGAACUUGUAAAAUUAUCAGGUUGACUCUUUGUGGACAUCUCAUCAUUGUAACAGAAGCAAAACAGUGGCACCGAUUUCGGUCAGUAAAGGAGCAGAUCAGUAAAAGUAGACAUUUUUGGUACUAUUACAAUCCAAGAAAACGUCAGGCUUUGUGUUAACUGUUGAUAAAAAAACUGAAUUUGAAAGUUUUAAAAUCUUUUAAAGCUUGUAUUUGAUUUAAAAUACCACAAAGAUGCUAUCUUUAAAAGUACUGCAGUAAAAACAGACAGGACUCUGAAGUGGAGACAACAACAAGCUGGGUGUUAUUGUCCAAAGUUAAGUCCAAAGCCAGCAUCCCUGAUGGUAUGUGGAUCAUAGUGUUCAUGGCAUGAGUAACUUCCACAUCUGUGAAGUCAUUAAUCAAGUCCACAAAAUACUAUUCUUUAAAAUCCUGAAACCUUUGAGACUUUGUGUCAGACCCCCAUUUGCAGGUUGAUCCAAGGUCCCUUUUCUGUGAAGAAUCAUCAUUGUUUCAGGUUUUUUGAAAGUCAGAUUCAAGUAUUUCACACAGAGAGGAUGCGAUGUUGGAUUGGCCAGUUUCUGUGUCUACCAUCAAGGAGAUCCAUUUAACCAAGAUCCAGUCAGAUACCUUUGUUACCAGUCUUACUGAAAACCUCCGGUAAGAAAGGGCCUGAUCAGUUUGCUGCCUGGCUUGUCCCUCUCUUCUGAUCUUAAUUCCUCUGUAUAUUUGAUAAUCUCACUAACUGUGCACCUCUACAUGACAGUAUGUACUGUGUCAGCUGUUGAGAGGUUACUGUCAGGUGUCUGCAGACUAUCGCAGCAAUGGUUAUACUCAUGUCUUGAUUGUGUAGCUUACUAAGGAAUCACUAGACUUGUAGUUCUUGUGACCACUUUUACGUGGUUUCAUUCUUGUCAAAGUCUCGACGAUCUUUGGUCUUGGUCUUGUCUUGGUCUCAGGUCUCUCUGUCUCAAUUGGUCUUAGACUGACAAAGUGGUCUCAAAGGGUUUUUUAGUCUGUAGUCAUUACGAUUACGUGCCAUUCAGGCGCAACUAUGACGUGUUUUGUAACACGAACGCAAGCGCUCAUCCUACACCUCCUGUGCAGCACAGUCAGAGAUUCAUCAAUAAGGCAGCAUGACAGCUAAUCCGUAUGUCAUCAAGUUUGGUUGUACAGACCAUAAAUAGUUUGUUUGCCAAAUGACACUGAAGAGGAAAUAUUCUGUGGAAUGCAAGUUUUGAUAAGUGUGUUUGACAGAGACAGCGGGGACCACCAGACACCUGGAGCGUUCCUCUCUCUCUCUGCCCCUUUCUCUCUCUCUCUCUCUCUCUCUCACUCUCUCAAUUUCCAUUUUUUUAUUUCAAUGAGCUUUAUUGGCAUGACUGUUAUUACAAUAUUGCCAAAGCGUUUUAACACAAAAAAAAUAACAACAAAAAUGGUGAUAAUAAUGAAAAGAAGAAAAAUACAAUAAUAACAACAACAUAAUAAUAAUAAUAAUAAUAAUAAUAAUAAUAAUAAUAAUAAUUAUUAUUAUUAUUAUUAUUAUUAUUAUUAUUAUUAUUAUUAUUAGUAGUAGUAGUAGUAGUAGUAUAGUUAUUUUUAUAAAAAAUAUAUAUAAUCACAGCAAUAAUAAUAUUAAUAGUAAUAGUGAUGAAUGAAUAGUGUCAGUAUCAUCAUGUUUGCAGAUAAAAACUCUGGAGCGUCUGUUCAAGUUAUUUUCAGCUGCUUCUCUCUUUUCUGAUAGCAUGUAUUCACCUAUUUUGCUGCUUCUAAAGCAGUGGCCCCUUGUUCUCCUAAGAGAUGUCUAAACUUUCCUGGUCUGUGAGUUGGGUGAAGUUGGGUGUUAUUUGUGUGAGUUUAGUGUAUGUGUGUGUCCUGAUGUGUGUGUAUGUGUCACAGUGCGGCAGGAAGUGGAGGAGGAAGUGCUGCUCUGUCUCAAGCUGUGUGUGAGGACAUAGCCGACACAGCCACUCCUCUCUGGGCAGCCAGGUCUGCCUGUGGCGGCCGCUCUCUAUGGCCAGGCUGUGGCUGCUGAGUCUGUACACAGUCAAGGUUCUCCUCAGUCUGGGGUCAGUUACUGAAUUCAGUUAAUCUGCCAUGGAGUAUUGUCUGUUUAGAGUAUUGUCUGUUUAUUGUCUAUUCUCUCUUUCUUCUCUCUCUCUCUCUCUAUCUCUCUUUCUGUCUGUCUGUCCAUUUCUAGUGAACUCCUGCCUCUGUGUCUGCAUGACUGAUGGUUGCUUUACCGUCAUAAGUUUAUUUAAAGGGUGAGAUACAGUAAUGUCACUGUCAAACAGGAGUAGAUAACCUGCUACAGUUAUACCUUCACUUUCAGGCUAAGGUAGUGUAGGCUCUGUGCUGUCUGAUCUUCGUUUAGGGAGGAUGAGGACUUUGUAGGAAUUACUGUUUUAUGUCAGAUAAAACAAGCAAACAAAACUGAACCACUGAGGAGCUAUCUAAACCAGAAAAGAGCAAAGUUCCACCAAGCUACGGAUAAUGUAGUUUAGGUGGGGUAGGCAGGAUCUGAAUAAACACUAGAUUUUGGGAGAAAUCUUGAAAGUAAACACUACUCCUCCCCUCCAGUUUUCCCCUCAGCUGCUCCUCUCCCUUCCCGCUCUGCUCCAGCAAGCCUAGCCCAAAAAAAAGACAUUUGUGUAUGCCCACAUUGCUCCAAUUUUUCGGCGAUUUAUCAACAAACCAUUUCAAUCAUUGGAACAUGUCUAAUUCUGACAUAAGAAGACUAAAUGACAGCUUGCAUCUGAUGUAAAAUUUCUUAAAUCGUGUACGGUCCCCUAUUAUUCAAUGUCUACGCCAAUGUUUACUUGGGCCCUAUUUCUUGCCGAGUCUCUCUUCUUCUUGAGUGUCUGUUUUUCGGCUACAGUCCUCAGUAUUUUGAUCUUUUUCUUUGGAGUGUGGGCAGUCAUGGCCAAAAGAGAAAACAGCUUUGACUCAGGCUUCUUCAGCUGCUUUCCACUUUCCGCCAGUGUCACAAAAUUGUUUUGGGGGAGAAUGGUUUUGUUUACAGUCAAAAAGUGCGGCCGCUCAAAAAUUUUGAAAUGUUGACUAUACAGACAUAAGAGAACACAACAAUAUCGUUAUAUUCUCAAAUGUCAUCAAUAAUUAAUAGCAAUUGACUGAUAUCAAAGGUUUUGUAUAUAAACCACAAAAAAAAUUGCUUCUUUAAUGGAUUCCUGCCUCCCCCACCUUAAAGCUACUAAUGUCCCAAUUUGUAAAGCCAUCUGCUGGCUUUUAGUUGCAGAUAGCGUGUCACUGAUUAUCUUGUGUGUAUAAUCAAUGAUGUAGUGUGUAUCAGAUGGUGUUGAGUGUCUGAAGAUUGUGUGUUGUGUGCUCAGACUACAGAUGAUCCGUGUCGUUACUAGUUUAUCCUUUUUUUUCUCGGUGUGAGUAUCAUUAUAAUGAGGCUGUUCCUACACACACUGGCACACACUGGCACACACUGACACACAUUGACACACACUGAUCUGCAGCCAGCCCGAGGAUGACUCCAUCUACCUGCCCCUCUAUGUUUGUGUGUUUCAGAGUUAAUUCAGAUUUCUAAGGAAUUAGUUGUUUAAUUAUAAGUAAAGGUGAGCCUGUUGUCUCUGCUGUCAGUUCAACUGUGUGUAGAAAAAGCUUUUGUUACCUCAGAAGAAUAAACAAGAAAGGACAGACAUUUAGUGGACAACAUUAUUUUCAGCCGGGUGCAGCUGAGUUUUGCUCAGGUCAUGAAAGUUUACAUGUUAGACUUUGGGCUCUAUUUUCGUGUAAGCCCGUGAGGCGGCGGAGGGCGGCGGGCCCCGUGCAGUUGUAUUUUCAUCUGGCGCAGCCCGGCGUACAGCCAGUUUGGUAUUUUCGUGGACUGAGGUGCACGGAGGCGAGCCGAGAUCCGCCAAGCUGGGCGUGGUGGCGUGGCAGGGGGAAGUGUCAACAGAAUCAACGGGCGCAGUGACAUUUUCAUGCUCGCCACUGGCGUGUAAAGUGCGCUGAAAGCUUGCCGAUUCAAAGCUGGUCAGCUUUCAGCGCAGGCGGAACGCAGCUGGUCUAGUAGUAUUUUGAUAGACCGGCGGUGUAUCGGCAUACGUCACCGAUGCCUCACCGGCAGGUUUCCACUGUGUCAGGCACAUUUCAGUGCAAUAAAUAAUCAUCAACAACUAUUAAUCUGAGUCAGCACAUACAUUUAGAUCUAUAUAGAUAUAUUCUGAUCUAUAUCUGAUCUGAUGAGCGCGUUUGGCACGCGUUUGGACACACAACCUGACCGAAUCAACACAGCUGAAACCGCAUUAAAUUAAAUUAAAUAUCUAGUAAAUAGACACACGUCUCCCUCCUUUUCUUUCUUCCUCUUCCUCUUAUUUCUCGCACAGCUCGUCCUGGACACGUCUCCGUGUCCUCUCUCGGCCCUGCUGCAAUAGCGGCUGAACAGAUGAUUUGUUUCAGUGCUCAGAUGAGUUAUUUACUUUAAGCCUACACACGAAUAUUAUAAUAUUCAGUUUUGUGAGCCAAAUUUAUUUAAUAUGCCAACAUCUAUGAAAGAAAGAGCCAGGCCACGGAGCGCGAUGCGUCAUUUACGCACAGAUGGUUCCGAUUUUAAUGCCAUUAUUGGAGUUUAUGUUGUGAUCUGUGCACUCAUCCCACCUUUGUCACGUGAGGUUUGAAUAUGAGCAACUUUAUGUGAGUGUCUUUAUUUGUGGAAAAGGGUGUUUGUCUUACCAGUGGGUCCAAUAUCACACACACCAAAUCCAUCUGUGCUCAAAUGAGAGAGUGUGGAGGACGCCCAAUGCAGCGCUUACAGUGACACUUGUUGAGGAGCUGCCCUUUGUCGCCAUCGUGUGGCAUAACUGUCUUCCGACAUCUCUUGAUCUCUUUGACUACUUCAUGAAAAUUGUAAUACGCCUUGCCGGUGGCGGAUUUAAAGGCAAGGAGAGGAGCUUAUGUGAUUGGUGAAAACUGGUCUCGGCUGUGUUAAACCCACUCCACGCCCUCUCUCCUCCCUCGCUACGACUUACGCCGCUGGGAGGAGCUGAGUUAGGGAGGGGGGAUACUUACACCGGGCUGUACCGCUCACCAAAAUACCAAAUUGUGCUUGGGAACGCCUUGUCGGCGCGGCGGACCUCACUUACGCCGCACAUGCACGAAAAUAGAGCCCUGUGUUGCUUUAUACAAUAAGGGCUUUAUCUGAUCAUUUUUUAAAAAGCACACUGACAGCUCAGAGAAGUUUUAGGGCCUGAUCUACUAAACUGGGUACACCAACUGUCAAAUAAAAAAAACAAAACAGCACACGCAAUCCAUUUAGCGUGUUUGCCUUCAUCAAUAUGCAGAAUGUAUGCAGAUUAGCAGAAUGCUUAAAAUAUUUGAAGGAGGAGGAGAUACAAAUGGAAUCAUUUAGCACCCACAAUGUGACUUAUCAAACCCUGAAACUGGUUGCGGUCACUGUUUUGUAUAUUUAGCACGUUGGAAAGGCAGGUGCAAAUUGGCACAGUGUUACACACAAAUGGCUGUGGUCACUGUGGCGAGAAGAUGGCAUAUGUGAAAUGACACAGAGGACGGAGAGAGAGAGUCUCCCAUGUCAACAUAUUUGGACAGUCAGAAAUAAAGAUAGUAGAGUAAUAGUUACAGUAAUGCCAUUUUUUAGCUUGUGGGUGACCUAAGGGCUGAUUUGGAGCCUGACACAAAAAUGACCCAUGUCGUAUUUCCUUGUAACACUUCAUUUUCCUGCAUCUGGAUCAUUCCAGUGCACCAUCACAGUUCAUGCCGGCAUCUUCAAGAAUAGUUUUUCUGGUGUGCUGUCCCAAGUGUUAAAUGCUAUGUCAUGCAGAAUAGGCAAGUAUAUCCAGUUCCCAGGACGCAGUAAAUGACACAAUAUACAGCUUUAUGUAGUUGCUGGUUUCCUCAAAAUGAUAGGUCCAACUCCAUGGCUUCAAACUUAAUUUUUUAUUUACGGACACUCUGCUCUUCCAAACUCACCAUAGUGACAUACGGUAACACAGGCAAAAUCCUCAUUUAAUAGGGCGGUUCGCUCCACUUCUGCACCUAUUACCAAUUUGCACCCGAUCAAAGUAGAUCACUUGCAACAUGCCCACUAACAGCACGUGCAAUUUUUUUAGUUUGCACAUGCAUUUUGGCACUCCUUAUUUGGGAUCUUAGUAGAUCAGGCCUUAAGUGUGUGAAAAAUGUAAAUAAGGUCAUUGUGAGUGGAGGCUGAGAGGGUUUUAAAUCACUGGUUUGUGUGUGUUUGUUGUUGUUGUUGUGUGGCCGAGGCUGAUCUGCUGCAUGUGUCGAGGAUGCAGUUUCCAUGGCACCUCUCACCUUCAGUUCAAGAUUUAUAUCGUGCAGUGGUGAAAGUGGAAAGUGUUGCUACCAGCUACACUGCCCACACUGGAAUCCAUCACUACACAAUAUGACACUAUGCAGCAACAGCAGGAGGAGGAGGAGAGGGAGGGAAGAGGAGUUAAGUCAUGUUAAAGGAGCAGUUCAACACUAACAAUCAUGUCCAUCUGCCCUCCUUUUGUCUUUCAAAGGUCAAAGGUUCAACAUUUAAACAGCAGAAUAAUAAUGAAAAAAGACAGACAGAAAAUUUGAAAACCUCAGACCUCAGCUUCUUCAGCUCAGUUUACAAGAAAUAAUAGAAACAUCUGACAAUUUUUGGGCUGCUCAAGCUUAAAACUAGGAUCAUCUAAUACCUCAGUACCGGUAACAUAUCUGCAGUGGCUGCUAAAGCUGACCAAACUCUGACAGCCUUCACAAUUUCUAGGAGAAAAUUCAGAAACACACCUGCAAAAGUAAAAAAAGAAAAAUCAACAGCAGACACUUGCUGCAAAUGAAAACAAUGGGAUGACACAAAAUAGCUGCAGGAGAGUUAUAGUGUGCAGAAAUGUGAAUAGUGAUCAGAUUGUAGAUUGGUCCAUAUCCCCUCUCAGUUUCUUACCAUUAAAAUAUCCGUACAGAUUCCUAAACACAUGACAGCACUCUUCCUCUCUUGUUAUUUUAUCUUCUUCUUUGUCUUCCAGUCAGUCCAUGUAUGCAGCCACCUUUGUGGACAAUUACUGAAUAAAAACGUGUGUGUGUGUGUGUGACUACUUUGUUUUCCCUGUAGAAACGUAGAGCAAGAUAGCAGCUGCUGUGAAAGGAGACUUGCUCUUAUAUGUAUGCACUCAUAAAAGGUUCAUUCAUAGUUCACAUAAAUAAAAAUAUAUUUAUAUUUUAAACAUUUCUCCAAACACACUCAAAAUGUCAUACUCAAUUUGUAAUAAGUCUGCAAGACACCAAAUAUCACACUGUAGUAUUAUGAUUCACAAUGAAUAAUAGAAAAAAGGUGAAAUGGAGGAUGGCGUAAAUCUGUCACUUUGUCAAAAACCUCAUACAUAUUGUAUUUUUGCAUUAUUAUCUGAGGUGGUUUAUGGAAUAUAAACUAAUCCAACCUAAUCCAGUCUGUUACUGAUCAAAGAGCCCCUUACCAAGGCUACAUCUCAGUCCUUUAAAUUUACAGUCAUGUUUCACUCACUUGCAUUCUCCACUUGAGUCUCAGUCUUUCCCACCAGAGGUGCAUUAAGAUAUGUAAGGAAAGAAUAAGAGGGAAGACAUGUUAAAGGAGACAUUAUCUUAAAGGGAUAUUCCGGCGUAAAAUUAAUUUUAAGGGUCAAACACACUGUAACACAGAGUUAGACACACCCGCGAGAGAUGAAUGUUGUCGACAGUUUGCUUCUCUAGUUAUACCAACUCUAGUAACAACUACACAACUACAACUACACAAUAGCAAUACACAGCGGUCUAAGGAGCCAACAUGCACACCUCAAAAAAGCCACUUUAUAGCCACAAAUAAUGCUCAGAACAGCACCUGACUUCAUCAACAGUACAUAUAGGGUCCCAGCCAUAGUACUAGCCAUCAAAGAUCUUUUUAGCUUUGCCUAGCAAAGACACCAAAACACAUCUCACCCACUCUCCUCCAGCAGCCGCUCGUGUGUAGGAAGACCUCAGGUGAGUCCAUCACGAACUACAGUGGGGUGACGCAGCUCAAGGAAGAACAUUUAUGAUCAUCUCUUAAUGGAAAUGCAAUCAGACUGAGACGCUAAGGAUUAAUAUGGCCAUAUUAAUCAUUUGGCACUACCACCGUGGCACUCUUCCUUGAGCUGUGUCACCCCACUGUAGUUCGUGAUGAACUCAUCCAAGGUCUUCGUAGCUGCUGGAAGAGAGUGGGUAAGUUGUGUUUAGUCUCUUUGCUAAAGAAAUCAGGCAAAACUAAAAAUAUUUUUGGUGGCUAGUGCUAUGGCUGGGACCCUAUACGUACUGUUGAUGAAGUUAGGUGCUGUUCUGAGCACUAUUUGUGGCUAUAAAGUGGCUUUUUGAUGAAGUUGUGUGCGUUGGCUCCUUAGACCACUGUAUAUUGCUACUGUGCGGUCAAUACAAAAGUUGCUAUAACUAGAGAAGCAAACAGUCUGCAACAUUCAUCUCUCGAGGGUGUGUCUAACUCUGUGUUACAGUGUGUUUGACCCUAAAUUAAUUUUACGCCGGAAUAUCCCUUUAAGUGACGUGACAUCCAUUCAUGAUCAUCAGUGGAUUAGCGGUUUGUGUCUGCACACUCCAGAACAUCCAGUAACAGUGUCAUUGCUGUGUAUGUUACCUGUUAAAAAAAGACCUUCACACAAAGAACACAAAGGGCUCUAUUUUCGUGCCUCGCCGGAGACGUGGCGCAGGUGCGGCGUAAGUCAGGUCCGCCGCGCCGACAAGGCGUUCCCAAGGCGGUAUUUUGGUGAGCAGCGCAGCCCGGCGUAAGUAUCCCCCCUCCCUAACUCAGCUCCUCCCAGCGGCGUAAGUCGUAGCGAGGGAGGAGAAAGGGCGUGGAGUGGGUUUAACACAGCCGAGACCUGUUUUUACCAAUCACAUAAGCUCCUCUCCUUGCCUUUAAAUCCGCCACAGGCGAGGCGUAUUCCUAUUUUCAUGAAGUAGUCAAAGAGAUCAAGAGAUGGCUGAAGACAGUAAUGCCACACAAUGGCGACAGAGGGCAGCUCCUCAACAAGUGUCACUGUAAGCGCUGCAUGGGGUGUCCUCCACACUCUCAUAUGAGCACAGAUGGAUUUGGUGUGUGUAAUGUUGGACCCACUGCUAAGACAAACACCCUUUUCCACAAAUAAAGACACUCACAUAAAGUUGCAUAUAUUCAAACCUCACGUGACAAAGGUGGGUUGUGCGCACAGAUCACAACAUAAUCUCCAUAAAUGGCAUUAAAAUCGUAACCAUCUGUGCGUAAAUGACGCAUCGCGCUCCGUGGCCUGGCUCUUUCUUUCAUAGAUACUGGCAUAUAAAAUAAAUUUGGCUCACAAAACUGAAUGUUAUAAUAUCCGUAUGUCGGCUUAAAGUAGAUAACUCAUCUGAUCACUGAAACAAAUCAUCUGUUCAGCCGCUGCAGGACGGAGAGAGGACACGGAGACGUGUCCAGGACGAGCUGUGCGAGAAAUAAGAGGAAGAGGAAGAAAGAAAAGGAGGGAGAUGAAUUACAUAUCUAGACAACUUCAUCAUGUGUGAAAAUUUACUAGAUAUUAAAUUUAAUUUGAUGCGGUUUCAGCUGUAUUGAUUCGGUCAGGUUGUGUGUCCAAACGCGUGCCAAACGCGCUCAUCAGAUCACAUAUGGAUCAGAAUAUAUCUAUAUAGAUCUAAAUGUAUGUGCUGACUCAGAUUAGUAGUUGUUGAUGAUUAUUUAUUGCACUGAAAUGUGCCUGACACUGUGGAAACCUGCCGGUGAGGCAUCGGUGAAGUAUGCCGAUACGCUGCCGGUCUACCAAAAUACUACUAGACCAGCUGCACUCCGCCUGCGCUGAAAGCUGACCAGGUUUGAAUCGGCGAGCUUUCAGCGCACUUUACACGCCACUGGCGAGCACGAAAAUGUCACUGCGCCCACUGAUUCUGUUGACACCUCCCCCUGCCACGCCACCACGCCCAGCUUGGCGGAUCUCGGCUCGCCGCCGUGCGCCUCAGUCCACGAAAAUACCAAACUGGCUGUACGCCGGGCUGCGCCAGAUGAAAAUACAACUGCGCAGGGUCCGCCACCCUCCGUCUCCUCACCAGCGUACACGAAAAUAGAGCCCAAAGUCUUUUUUAUUCUGUGCCUUGCUCAGAACCACCUGGACCUUGUCUCUCUGCACACUAAUUUACUGUUGAAUUAUUCAUGAAUCAUUUGAAUCUGUACUUGCUGAUAACUUGAUUGUAAAGCCUGUUUUUAUAAGAAACCCAGACACUUUUAAGUGUCCCAAGAGCACUAAAAACUAUUUAAUAGAUUGAACAUUUCAGGGCAAACCUUAUUUGACACUACAUGGAACAGGCGUUUUGAGCUUAUAGUCACACACUUGUUGUUCAGAAGCAGACAUGUGUUUCUGAUCUGUUUUAGGCCCCCCCGUAUUUUCUGUUUCAAGGUCUUCCUUUGCUCCAUUAUUGAACUCUGGUGAUGUUGUUAAGUUUCAGAUAAGACCAAUCAAACCACAAAAACACACUACAUCACUGAAUAACUUACUUAAUAUACUGUAAGUGUACUCUGUUUGAAUGAAGAGCCAGGGAGAUCUCAAAGGCAUAUACCUAACUUAUACCUUUAAAAAAAAAAAACACAACUGCACAGUUGACUCAACAUUAUUAUAGUUUGUCAAGAUGACAAACAACAACCAGGUUAAGUUGACUUUCCAUUUCACUGUCACCAGUGAUCAAGAUAUUCACAAACAAGUUAUAGGUCAUGAUUGCUGUGGGCUGUAGAAAAUAAAAGACAGACAGAAAGGAGCUCAGUGCACCAUCUCUCUCUGGCAGUCUCAGGCUCGAACUACACGUAUAUAGAUAUUUAUUUAUCUGGAUAUUUUUGUACUCCCGUCUAGAUAAAUGUAUCUGUCCACACGUGUUAGUUCUCAAAAAUAUCUGCAUCCACACGUAGCAGUCAAACUCAAUCCUAUCUGGUGCCGCUUAAAAAAAAUUCAGGAACAAAGCUACCUGAUUGGCCGAUGAAUCGUAACAGCGUGAUGCAUCAUGCAUUGUUUGCAGAAGCUACGCUAGUGCGUCGGGUCCAUGUGAUGGACCAUGUGACCAAUAAAAGUAUUGGCCGCAGCAGACGCUUCUGUGAGCUGGCUGACUGGUGGAUGUAAUUGUAUAAAACAAGGUUCACUUGCAAGGCUGAAAUUAGCCCCAAAAGGGCAAAAAAAAAACAAAACGUAAAGAAUACCCUGUCUGUCCGCCAUCGUUGUUGUUGUUUUUCUUUUUAAUUCGCAUGCGCGAGCUGCGGUUUGACGUCAUCGAUCCGUAAAAGUCCAACCACACGAAUCCACUACGGAUACGGGAUACGGGAUACGGGAUUAUUUUUUUAUUUCUCCACUUGUUUUUUUCGUAUUCAGAUUUAUCCGGUUUGAGUGCUCCAAACUCCUGUUUUGGUGUGGUAGGGAGGCCUAAUCGGACAUAAAUAUGUGUGGUUUGAAAUAUAUCCGCAUUCGUGUAGUUCGGGCCUAAGCCUGUGGCAGCUGAGGGCUAAAGCAGUCUAUCGCAGUAAAAGCCUGUCCAAACCUUUUGCAGUCCAAGUCUUUGCCUGUCUGAGGCCUAGUUUAUUCUUCUCCAUUAGAACUAUGCUGCAUCUCAACUGGAGGCUGUGCUCACAUGCUUCUGUGUCGCUCUGCAGUGUAAUGUCUAGUAAGCAGUGUAAUGCCUGUGUGCUCAUCCUACUGCCAGUUCCUGAUCUCACGACAGAACCACUGAAGAUUGAACAGACCUGCUGCUCUUAUCACCAAACCUGGUUACAACAGGUAAAGAUAAGAUGAACCUAACUGUGUUUCCAUUAUGAUCGAUGGUCAGGGUGUUUUGUUGUGCAGAUCCUGUAGUUUCAGGGUGAUUUUCUGUCCUCCUCCUUCCAGGUCAGUUCACUCUGUGAACCUGAGUGUCCAGACAGUCAACUGUGCGAGAGGCAGACUCAUACAAUCUGUUUGUCGUUAAACUGCUGUGGAUAAUCUGAAUGGGUGCACACACACACACACACACACACACACACACACACACACACACACACACACACACACACACACACACACACACACACACACACACAGCUCUUUACAUAACUUUUUGGCUCCACAGAUUCAACUCAGAUCUACAAGGACGUUUUUCAUGAUGUAGCAGAUACUGGGGGAGCACUGUAUUGUCUUUAGCUCAGCCGAUCACAUGAGGCUCCGCCCAUCUGCUCUGGUGAACUGACGUCAGUGAUUGGACCUCUGAUUGUUCUGAAAGUGUAAUUAAAUCUUACAGGAAGUGCAGCAGUGAUUACAGGAGGCUGUUUCGUGUCAGUGAGCGUUUAAAUCUUCUUUAAAGACAGUUUGUCCAGUCUCACUCUCACCUGUGAAAGCACGGCUUCUCAAUUAUUACACCUGAUUUUGAUUCUGUGUAAACAUAGCAAUACCAGGUUACACCCAUAAAAUCAUGGUGUCCUGUUUCUCUACACAUUUCAGUGAUUUCAAUUCCCAACAGCCGAUCACAGCAGACCAGAUGACCAUCCAGAUAAACAUUAAAAAAUGGUCUGAAUGUAAUUUAUCUCUGCUCAGGCUGCCACAGUCAUCCAAGGGUUUACUUUCCUAUCAUCAUUAGGAUGGUUUGCCUUUCGAUUGCAUCAAAUUAUUCAAAAGCUGAUAACAGAACAGAGUGGCUGCUGAUGCCCUCCCCGAGCCUCAUUAUCCUAUUCUUGAUGUCUGCCGUGCUGUUUCCAUCUCUGCACAUCCUGAAGCAUGUUCAACUCAUUUUGACCAUUUUUUCCCCCAAAAAAACAAAAAACAAAAAACAAACAAACAAACAAACAAACAAACAAACAAACAAAUAAACAAAAAAACACACGUGACUUCACAACCCCUUUAUACAGUAAUAAUGAUCAGGGACUUUCCACAUUUACAGGCCUACGUACAUUCCCUCAUGAGGCCCUGCCUCCCAACUUCGUAUAAUGACAGAAGUCGGAACCAAGUUGUCCACAGUAUACAGUGUUUGUUUGUACAUCUCUGACAUGCCUGUAACUCAUGACUCUAAAUACAUCUGAAGCUGGUCCUCUGAUAGAGAGACUCAGAAUAAGACAACAUCUCUAAAUCAGGAGGCAGGACAGCUUCACUUCUUUGUUUUCUUUUCUGUCCCUCACCCUCUCCCUUCUCUUCCCCUCAGACCAAUAAGGCAGUGUCAAAAGGUGACUUCCACCUGGCCAGCUCCAGUUCAAGGCGGGCUCUCUUCCUAGCUGUGCUGUCAAUCACCAUUGGGACAGGUAUCUAUGUGGGCAUGGCUGUGGCGCUCAUCGCCUACCUCUCAAAGAACCACCACUGGUAACAUCAUUGGAGGGGUUACCUAACAUGACACCAGAGGUAAUGUGGAAUGUUCAACUUACCUGGAGACUCAGGUGAGCGUUUCCUUGGCACGUCGACCCACAGAGAUGAGUUGGAGGAUGUCCUCUAACCUGCUGGAGAUGGUUCAACAGAACAGGCAGAGUUGAUCAAUCAUUACACUAUGAGAUACUUUGGCUGAGUCAACCUCAGCAGGCUGGCUGUAUGUCAAGUGACUCUGAAGGCUAAAGCCUUUGAACCUAUCGGAACAUAGGAUCUUUGUAAGGAAUUGUGGGCAUUUUUGAGAAGAUGAGAUACUGGAGCAAAGAUGCUUCAGCAAGUUGUUGUUUUUAUUUUUGUUGGUUUUCAGUUUCAAGCAGGGAGCAUUUCCAAUGCGAUAUUUGUUGCUCAUAUUUUCCACUGUAAACAGACAAUUCAAGAGAAACGAACUGAAAACACAAAGGGCUCUAUUUUUGUGCUCACCGAUUCAAACCUGUUCAGCUUUCAGCGCAGGCGGAGCGCAGCUGGUCUCAUGGUAUUUUGGUAGACCGGCUGCGUAUCAGCAUACGUCACCAAUGCCUCACCGGCAGGUUUCAACAGUGUCAGGCACAUUUCAGUGCAAUAUAUAAUCAUCAACAACUAAUAAUCUGAGUCAGCACAUACAUUUAUAUCUAUAUAGAUAUAUUCUGAUCUACAUCUGAUCUGAUGAGGUCGUUUGGCACGCGUUUGGACACACAACCUGACCGAAUCAACACAGCUGAAACCGCAUUAAAUUAAAUUAAAUAUCUAGUAAAUAGACACACAUCUUCCUCUUAUUUCUCGCGCAGCUCGACCUGGACAUGUCUUUGUGUCCUCUCCCCGUCCUGCUGCAGCUGCGGCGGCUGAACAGCUGAUUUGUUUCAGUGAUCAGAUGAGUUAUUUACUUUAAGCCUACAUGCGGAUAUUAUAAUAUUCAGUUUUGUGAGACAAAUUUAUUUUUUAUGCCAACAUCUAUGAAAGAAAGAGCCAGGCCACGGAGCGCGAUGCGUCAUUACGCACAGAUGGUUCCGAUUUUAAUGCCAUUAUUGGAAUUUAUUAUGUGAUCUGUGCGCUCAACCCACCUUUGUCACGUGAGGUUUGAAUAUGUGCAACUUUAUGUGAGUGUCUUUAUUUGUGGAAAGGGUGUUUGUCUUACUAGUGGGUCCAAACUUACACACACCAAAUCCCUCUGUGCUCUUAUGAGAGAGUGUGAAGGAUGCCCUCUGAAGCGUUUACAGUGACACUUGUUGAGGAGCUGCCUUCUGUCGCCAUCCUGUGGCAUUGCUGUCUUCAGACAUCUCUUGAUUUCUUUGACUACUUACUAAAUAUGCCUUGCUGGUGGCGGAUUUAAAGGCGAGAAGAGGAGCUUAUGUGAUUGGUGAAAACAGGUCUCGGCUGUGUUAAACCCUCUCCACGCCCUGGGAGGAGCUGAGUUAGGGAGGGGGGAUUCUUACGCCGGGCUGCGCCGCUCACCAAAAUACCAAAUUGUGCUUAGGAACGCCUUGUCGGCGCGGCGGACCUGACUUAGGCCGCGCAUGCGCCGCGUCGCCGGCGAGGCACAAAAAUAGAGCCCAAAGAGUCUGGAGAAACCUGAGGAGCCAAAAAAGUGUCAGGAUGUUCCUGGUGAUUCACUUCCCUGUUGAUUGACCAGAAAUUUAAGUUAACUUAAAAAGAAGUCUGAACAGAGCACAGUGUGUUUUACAUGUCCACACGCAGGAUCUCUGAGUGCACAGUUUAACAAUGUUAAAUUGGUUUUCAGAGUCUGGCUGUCAUUAGCAGAGCUAACACCACCAGCUUUCAGCCCUUCACGCUGCACAUUAGGCAUUGCUCCAGUUUAACAGAGAUUUAUUAUGUGACUCACAAAACUUUAUAUAACUGUUUUCUAGAUCAAAAUACUGACAGACCAUGCAGAGGUGGGACCUCCACAUGGGCCCACUUCAACAAGUUUUUGAACUGGACUCACCUUCAGGGCUACAACACAAUUAAUCAACAUGAACAAAAGGUUAUAACGAGUGGAGGAACACACUACUUCAUACACUGAGCUAAUGGAAGAGUUAACCUCACAUAUGGCCAUCCACUUCUCAUAGUUUAUGAUUUAUCCAUGUCACCAGCCUGCCUGUGGCUUUGUUGGAGAAAAUGAGCAUUUGUCAUGCUUUUAUUUCAGUAAUCUUUCUGACUUGCCAUUUGAUCGCCUAUUUUCUACAUCAUCAAACUUCUUUUAAAAAGUCAACACUUCUUCUGGUGGGCCCUAGGUCGCUUACCUGAAUAAAAACAGUAAAGAAGAACAAUUAGAUUGUAUUUUCAAUGUUUAAUAGAUUAGGAAAAGAAUGAGACAGAAGCUCCAACAUUAUUUUUGGAUGCCACAAGAACAGCUUUUGUCAACGCUGACCCCUUCUCUAAAACUGGGUUUUCUGAAUUUGCAUGUCCGUGGUCCCUGGUGCUUCUGCAUUACACCCCCCAUGGACUAGCUUUUAGCUGAGCCCAUUGAAGGGGGUCCUGAUGAUUUGGACUCAGAGGAGGAAAAGAUUUUGUCCACAGAGGUUCAACUUUAACCAACAAUAAUAAUAUUAAUAACAUUAGUCUCCUGUACCUGUUACACAGUUUGAUGAUUAAUCAAUUUCAGAGUGGAAAAAAACUCAUAGGGAAGAGUUUUAACCAGAAGUCACUGUCAAAUGUGCUUAACUUUGCUCCUCCACUACACUCAAAAUAUUCUUUAAAAGAAAUCUGGCAAGUCAGAAGAAAAGGAUGAAAUAGACGAAUAUGCCCAUUUCAACCAUUUCAUACCAGCUGACACCUACACUGCUGGAGCUAUUAUCUUAUCUACAAAGACUGAGAACAGACUGCCCACCCAUCACACUGGAGAUGAACUUCAACACAGAGUCGUGUGCUGGGUCAUUGAGACUGCAGCACCAAUGAAGGAUCACCGGAGCAUCAUUAAGUACACUGGUAUACUGAUACUGGGUCACUGGAUUACUAAUACUGGAUCAAUAGGGCUGGAUCACUAACUCUGGAUCCGUUUACUGCUGAGACUAGACACCGAAUCCUUUACUCUGGAUCACAAAUACUUGAUCACAUUUAUGGGGCUAAGGUGUCCAUGUUUGUUUUUCAGGACACACAGACUGAGUUUUCUUUUUUGACUGUUAAAGUAUUUUCUUUUCUGAUAAAAGAGAAAUUAGAUUUCUGUUCAAACUGAUUCUUUCUCUCUGUGAAUGUUUUUUCUGCUCGAUUUUCAGUGUUUGUCUGACAAUUUUAUUGUAAAGUCACUGCUUAUCAAAAAAUGUAAGUCACAGCCUGAGCAGCCGUUCUUUCAGUUGGUUAAGAAUAUUGUCGUGCCGUAAUAACACUUGUUAAUUUUUGCAGCUAUCAUAAUCAUUUUAAGUGGUUUCAUGAGUUAUUUCAGUGUGAAUCCAUCAACAGAAGGAUAACCCAUCACUGUCAGCCACACACAGACCAGGUCUUUAUAUUCAGUCAGGUGUUAGUGAGAGCUGCAGGUGGGACCAAAGCCUCCAACAUUAGACCUUGAUCAAAUGCCAAAAUAAUAACCCCCACCCCCAAAACCAGGGGGUGAGUCCAGACUUCACUGAGAGAGUCAUACAUAAAUUAUUCGGGCUCCUGCAGGGCUGGGAUAAGAAACACCAGAAUCAGAAGCUUUUAUACACUAGUUUUAUCUCCACUUUACUAAAGCAGCACCGUACUAUUUGUACUGUGUUGUUCACAAAAGCCAAACCUUAUUCUAGUCUCAAAGCACUUUGAGGAAUUCAAAGUAAACUGAAACCUAAACAGGUAAAAAGUUGUGUAAUGCUACAAAAAAAUAAAAUAAAAUAAAAUAAAAAAACAGCAGGAUGAACAUCUUGAAGUAAUGACGAUAUGAUCCACACUGCAGGUUAAAAACUGAACCUUGCAAGGAGGAAACCAGAUAGAAACGAGAUCCAGAAACACCAGAGCUUUUGCUGGACCCGAAACCAUUUAUGAUGGGCUAAGGGGGAAACUGCCCUGACCAGUCAAACCUGACACUCCUCUGGGAAAUCAUGGACGCUGUGUCCUCUCCAGAGAGACCAGCCAGGCUAGUAGAGAGACCACCCGGCUUGUUCUCAGCUCCCAGUCCAAAACCAACAUCCCUGAUGGUAUGGGGAUCAUCAGAAUCUAUGUCAUGAGUAUCUUCCACAUCUGUGAAGGCUCCAUUAAUGCUGAACAAUAUGUACAGGUUUAGGAGCAACAUCUGCUGCCUCUUUCAGGCAAGAAUGGGACAACAUUCACUUCCAGACUCUAGAAACUGGUCCACUGGGUUCACUAAGGUUUGAGGGAGUUGGGAAAAGAAGAGCUGAUGGUACCUGAUGGAAAACAUGAUCCUGUAGCAAUUAUAAUUGAACUAUGAUUUUGUGGACUAUCAAACUCUGUUUAAUCAGCAUUUAAAGGGCACCCUGUUUUGAGUUGGGGUCAAAUGAUGCACCGAUAAAGUAACUCGCACCAGAGAAAAAAUCAUUGCAUGAGUUAAAAUAUUUUAUAUUUCAGAUGUAAUGCUAGUUACAUAUUUGGACAACUAAAACCUAUGAUCAAUUUUCUUAAACUAUAAAUACAUCUAAAAUUAAUUUCUGCACUCAAUAAUUGGUUAUUGGUUGAAAAAAAAGUUAAUGGUUGGAGGAGACACUACAUAAUAAAUUAGUAUAUUAACUCUCUUCAGCUUCACCUUAUAUUUGAGGUUUUGUCUGGUUGGUUGGUCUGAAGAAUGUUUGGUCUCUUUGACAUCUCUGACCUGGUUUGACUCUGAACAGGAAAGUCAGACCAUUGAAUGGAUCUGAUUAUCUGAGGUCUGUUUGGAAACAAAGGAUAGAUCUUUCUCUCAUUUUUGUUGUUGAAUAUUUGAACACAGGGUUAAAGGGCUGCAAACACCUUCAUCUUUAAAUAAUUCUUCCUACGGACACACCUCACCUGCUGGGCUGUGACUAAACACACACACACACACACACACACACACACACACACACACACACACACACACACACACACACACACACACACUUGCACAUUUACUAAAUGUUAGAAGGCUUCUGGUAGACGCAGGUGUAAUCUGGGAUGGUUACCCUUGGAUUUUCAUUAUUAAACUCAGACUUAAAGAAACAGUUGGACACUGAAUCGGACUUUGUCAGAAUUGGGAGCAGAACCAGAGGUCACAUGAUGAAAAAAAUAAACAUUUAUAUGUUUCUGAGAAGAACGGGUGCAUUGAUUUUUUAUGUGUGUGAGUUUUGCAAAAAUUAAAAGCUUUAAACAACA